UGCCCCAUCAUUGGUGUCAGUGGGAGGAAUAGUGCCCCAUCAUUGGUGUCAGUGGGAGGAGUAGUGCCCCAUCAUUGGUGUCAGUGGGGAGGAAUA